UCCCACACUGGGCAUGUGUAUGAAGCCGUAGUCCAGCCCCGCAACCCGCCCACCACCCUCCCUCUGCCGUGGUGCGUCUCGGUCUGCCCGCAGCAGUCUCCUUCCCCGGCGAGGUUUCACUACAGAGAUGGCUACGAAAGUGUGCAGAUCAGUACUCCUGUUGUCCCGGAGCAGCCGAGCGGUGGCCGGCAGCCUGCCCGCACUUGUCUCUUCACAGCGACAUCAUCAGCACAUAAGACCGCAGGAGGUACUAUCUACUCCUUUCUCUCAUCAGACUGUCAGGAGAGCACAUGGCCUACAGUCAGCAGCCCACUCCACACUCUUCACCCAGCCUCCCACUGCCCUGUCUCCACAGGUUUGGACAGGCGCCCCCUCAUGGCAUGGCCAGAGACUGUUGUGUUCCUCCGCUACUCCAGAAGAGGUGACAGUGGCGUAUCAGAAUGGGCUGCCAGUGAUCUCAGUCAGUUUGCCGUCCAGGCGAGAGCGCUGUCAGUUCACCCUCAAGCCUUUCAGUGACUGUGUGGGAGUGUUUCUGCAACAGCUCCAGGCAGAAGACAGAGGCAUUGACCGGGUAGCCAUCUACUCCAUGGAUGGAGUGAGGGUUGCCUCCUCCACAGGUAUAGACAUCCUGCUGCUGGAUGAUUUCAAGCUCAUCAUUAAUGACACCACAUACCUCGUGCGGCCACCAAGGAGAGAGCUACUGCCCCAUGAGGAGGCAGAAAGGCUGAAUGAUGUGAAGUUUCUGGUGCAGCAGCUCUACACCACCCUUCACAUUGAGGAACACCAACUCAGCAAAGAGCGUGCGCUGAUUGGACGACUGGAGGACCUCAACGCGCAACUCCGCCCCCUCGAGAAGGUGAAGGAGGAGUUGAGUAAGAAGGCAGAGCGGCGUACCACCUGGGUGCUGUGGGGUGGCAUGGCAUACAUGGCCACCCAGUUUGGCAUCCUGGCCCGGCUCACCUGGUGGGAGUAUUCCUGGGAUAUCAUGGAGCCCGUCACCUACUUUAUCACCUAUGGUACAGCCAUGGCCAUGUAUGCCUACUACGUGCUUACACGCCAGGAGUAUAUUUAUCCGGAUGCUAGAGACAGACAGUAUCUGCUGUUCUUCCACAAGGGGGUGAAAGGGAGACACUUCGACAUUGAGAAGUACAACAAGCUGAAGGAUGAUAUUGCUGAGGUGGAGUUGGAUCUAAAACGACUUCGGGACCCACUCCAGCUCCAGCUCCCCAUUCAGCAGAUCAGCGACAGUAAAAAUUGAUGAGAAGAGUGAUUCUGUCCUCUCUCCCAGCCCCUACAACCUCUCCCCCUCUUCCCACCUGCCAUCCAACACCCUUUCCUUCCACUUUUAUCCUUGCCUCCUCAGAGCCCUCUCCCCAUGCCUCCCACACCUAAUAAUCCCAUCCCUUUCUUGGCUGUGAGAGUUAGGUUUUUCUCCUUUUUUUUGUUUUUUCUCUUUUCUUUUGCUUUCCUGACUAAAAACUCCAGUUGGAAUUGCAAAUGAAAACUACUAAAAUGAUGAAGAGGGAUGGUGAGAGUACCAGGAACUGAAAACACUCUCACAGCUGAAGAAUGGUGAGGAUGAUGAAAAGGAUGAAAGUGAUGAUGAAAUAAAGCUGGGCACUAUGGAUAUGCCUCAAGUCUCCAAUGGGACAGCCUGCAGGGAACUCCAGGGGGAACAUUGGAGCUGUCACACCUCUAGACACUCCAGGACACAGGACAUGCAGAGGGACGUUGUGUGUGUGUGUGUGUGUGUGUGUGUGUGUGUGUGUGUGUGUGUGUGUGGGUGGGUGGGACUUUCAGGGUACACUGGAUCAUCGCACCUACCAACUUUGAGGGUCGACACAACAGUGUAGUCCUGCUUCCUCUACUGUCAAAACAAACACCUACUGUUGGUUGGGGCAGGCUCUGGGAAGACUCUGUCCCACAUGUUAAAGUUUACAAGGACAUCCUGACUGCAGUCCCAGCAUCAGGGAGACCUUCUUCUUCCUGUGGCUGAACUCUGCUGCCUCUCUCUCCUGGGGCCGCGCCUCCUCCAGGUGAUGGACAGUAGCUGUCCUUCCCAGUGUGACCUUUGUCAGGAGCUUGUCUCAACUCACAGGAUGUAGGGAUGACAACGCCUCAUUUCCUCUUCCUGUUGUUGUCCUGUAGUGGCCAGGCCAGCGCAAGUAUAAGAGUACUACCGACAACAACAUCACUGUGUGUUCUUUUAUUCCAAAAACUAUUUUGGCACUUUUUAUUUUGAAAGCCAUAGUAUAUUUGUUAUGGAAAGAAUAUAAAUAUAAAUAUAUAUCUAUAUAUGUAUACAAUCAAAUAAACUGAUGACCAGAGGCUAGUUUUUUUCAGUGGGGGGAGGAGCUCAUCUAUAAAUGUCAUUUCAUGAUGACCUCAUUAACAUCCUCUGAAGAUGGACCCUUGCUAACAGUCCAACGCAUUGCGUCAUAUACGCACACACAGCAUUAUACUGUAUUCAUUUACUACCUGGAACUAACUAGUUGUUAUCCUUUUAUGACCAGCACAAUAUAUUUGACAUUAGCUAUCUCUAGGAUGGAUGUUGGGCUUCUGUGAAUGGCCAUCAAAGGAGGGGACAAUGUUGAAACCAAAUCAGGGUGACAGUGACUGAUUGGAUUUGAUUGUUUUUGAGCAACCCCUAAUAUGAUUGUGGGUAAUCCCACCUCUUAUCACAGAUACAAACAUUGCUGUGGAAAUUAAGAUAAUGAAGUGUUAAUUGUUGUUUUAGUGAUGACCGCUUCAGACAAACCCACUGACAUGUUAUAGUUCGAUAUAUAUGAAGAAUUUAAUGGAUUUAAAACAGUUAGGAGCAGAAUUCGAGUUAAUUGCCUGCAGUUCAGUAUCCCUCUCUUUUGUAGUUGACAGGGUUGUCAAUCUUAGAUGUGUAAAAUUGCCACUUCCACAUUUUCGGUGACCCAGCCUUUAGUUUAGCAGCAUGUAAUGUGCUUUUUAAAUCCUUUAUAAUUCAAAAUUUUUAUAAUUUUCCUGCAUGAAGCUUAUAAACUAAAUAACAAAGAGCUCCAUCUAAAAAAGCACCGUGGCAUUGAACCACAGAGGUUGUUUUUUUUUAAUCCUGAAACAAAGUCUGAGCUUUCUCCUCCCACUGUUGCUGUAAUGCCCCCCUGCUCUCUAGAUGGCAAGGCAGGGUAGACUGCAUGCUGUGGUAUGACUUCAGUAGAAAUUUGUGAAUGUGUAGGAGCAUUAUUGCAAUUUUGUACUUAAUCGGACAACUUUCCUUGCCACAGCAAACUGAAGUCUCUUCCCCCUCAUUGGUUAAAUCAAAAGUUAUAGAAGCCAUGUUUAUGUUGUCCAUUUAUUGGGACGUGGUCACUGAUUAAACCUUUGCAGCUUCACUUUGUUUUUUGUCCAGGGUGUGGAUUGGUGGCCCCCUUUCCAACUCCAUUUAUGUUUCGGUAAAAGGUCUCAAAGCCUGUUAUUUUUACUCUGAGCUGCUGUAGAUCACCUCUGCAGAGGGGAAGCACAAUGACAUUACUCUAGUUCAAGAUCAGUUCCUGCUUGUGUGGAAAGAGCUGGCUGAACUGAAUCCUGCAGAGGAGAUCCUUGCAUUAGGCCAAAUCAGAAAUUAGUCAUGGCGAUCUCAAGUCAGGAUUUGACCUAAGCUGUUAUUCUGUGUGUUAUCAUCAAAGGAAAUGGUGCCUUUCGGAUGAUUAGUGAUUUGAAUGACACAGACGGCGUAGCAAUUUAGUAAACAUCAAUGAUGAUUGAGAAAGUCAGAAUGAAAGUCUCUUAUGUGGAAUGACACCUUCACAUAAUAUAACAUUUGACAUAAAGGAGGAUUCAAUUUGAAUGUUUGGCAGUGGAAAUCAAUCUCACUCUGUGUGUGUGAAUGUGUUUAUUGAAUCCGCGUGUUGACGAGCGUGAGUGCACUGGGGGCAAUGUUAAAAUCACCAUGUUCAUAAAUUCAUGCAUUCCCCUAAUCGCUACCUGUCAGCCGCCAUAAAAAUCAGUUCAGCCAUUAUCCUACUUUAUAGCUCUUAUUAGAUUGCUUCAGAUUUGUUUCUCCCUUUCUUAUACACACUUGGUGAAACACAGUGGUGUUUCCUUGGAGCUGUACUGUGGGAGGUGAGAGUUGAGGCCUCAGCCUGCAGUCCAAUCUUCUCCUCUGCUGUUUGUACCCGACACUUCUCUCCAUCAUCACCUCCUCCUUUUUCUCAUGCCAUCCACCUUUUAUUGCCUUAUUUCCCCCCCCUCCCAAAAGUAAAAUAUAUCAAAUAUAGGGAAACAUUAUUAUAAAGAGGGUGUUGCAUGAAUGUAUGUUUACAUGGGAAAUUAUGUAAAAAUAAAAAAGAUGAUUUAUCAAAAAAGAAAAAAGGAUAAUUUAAGACAGUUGUUUGUAGAGGUUUCUAGUUAUAAAGGGCAGUGGACAGAGCUGCAUCUUUAGAAUCUGCCCAGCCAACCAACUGCUCAAACCUCAGUCUCAUUUUCACCUUAUUUACUCCCAUAAACCUCUCCCUCAGUGUGCAUUUAUACUUCCCAGCAAAUGGAGAAACACCCUCCAUCCAGUGCACUUAUAAACAAGGCUUUAUGGUUCUUACCUCAGUUACUAACAUCCUGAGUCUGAGUCCAAAGGAAGUGUCAGGCACACUCUUUUCGCAUAUUGGGGAACACUCCCAUUCUUGUCCCUCUGUCCGUUCUAUAUUAACCACCCCUUUCCCUUCUAAAAUCACAUUAUUAUUUUAGUUUUAAAUGUGUGUUCAGUUCUGAAUAUCAUAUUUGUGUUCACCUACAAUAUGUUUAAAUUGCCUAAAGAGUAAUGCAGGCAGAGGAGCUGUUAUUAUAUUCUGUUUUUCUUGUCUUUUUAUUCUUCUGUUGACAUAUGAUGCUGUAAUGUUGGCAAAAAAAAUGUAAAAUCCUGUAUCAUUUAUGAAAUGUAUAAAAGAGAAAUGUAAUUCAAUUACCAAUAAAAUCCU